UCGUACAAGUCGCAACUGUAAUAUUUAUAUUAUUAUCACACACAAUAAAAGAAAAAAUUUCGCUCCUUCGUCGACCGAAAAAAAGAGCAAAAUUUGGACAAAAAUUUGCGUGAAAAGCCCGUGAAAGAGCUUGAAACAAUUUUAAUCGAGUACGAACCUUUAUUAACCGUACUUUAAGGUGUGUUUAUAAUCGUUUUUCGAGUGAUUUUAGACCGAGAAAAAAAACUAAAAUUCUCGCGAUAUCAGCAGUAUCAUCAUCAAUUUUAAACGAAAACCUGAAUUUUAUUGAGAAAUAAUUUUAUUGUCUAAGCAAAAAUUAAAGUAAAUAAAUCCAAGCGAAAUAAAGUGAAGGGAAACCAUCAUCAAAAAACGUACAAAUCAGUGUUUAGAGGUGUUUGUGUCUCUAUUUUAUAUUAUAAUAAAUAUUUGAAAUACAUACAAAUCGCUUGUAGUGAACAACAAGUGAAACAACAACGAAAAAAAAAAUAAAACUACAAUCGUAGCAUAAAAGUUUCUAAUAAAAAUUUAUGUAAAAUUAACGACAAAAAAAAUAACGAAACUCUUCAGCAGUGUAAAAAUGAUGCAAAAAUAUUAAAAAAAAAAUUUCGGCAGCUACCAAAAAAAUACCUUUCAAAAUUUCUGCACAACGGAAAUUUGUCGUUCCAUCAACCACCAACUCCCAAAGUAGCCCCAGCAGCAGCAAUAUGCGCAUCAAACGCGAAUCACCUUGCCUCGGAUUACGCUUCAUGCCCAUCAAAUUAGGAGUUAGCCACAAUAAUCACAAUAGUAGCACUAAUAACAACAAAAAGUACAAAGAUUCAUGUGAUGACUCAUCUAAUAACUUACCAGCACCCGGUGUUAUGAGAGCACCCUUAUCUCGAAGCUUUUCUAGUCCAGCUGUGGCAUAUGACAUCGAAUCGCAUCCCGCAUCGACACUUUUUCCACACUUGUUGCUCGGCAAUACACACGAUGCCGUCGAUCCCAGCAGCUUGGGUGCCAAUUGCAUCUUGAACGUGACGAAACAGCCGCCAGUGACGAAACUCAAGCCUGGCGUCAAGUACAAACAGAUUCCAGCGAAUGACACGCCGCACGAGAACAUUGCGCAGUACUUCCAGGAGGCAUUUGACUUUAUCGAGGAUGCCAGAAAGAAGGGCUCCAAAGUGCUCCUGCAUUGCCAAGCGGGAAUUUCGCGCAGUGCCACAAUCGCCAUUGCCUACGUGAUGCGCUACAAAGCCAUCUGCCUCGUCGAUGCCUACGCUCUAGUCAAGGAUGUGCGUCCCAUCAUCUCGCCCAGCUUCAACUUUAUGGGUCAACUACUCGAACUCGAGCAAAAUUUACGUGCAUCUGGCACACUCCCGCCUCCCUCAUCGCCCCAAAUGGCGCAACCAUCGCCCGCCUUCUCCGAACCUAGUCGCGAAAUCUUCUUCGAUUGUCGUCGCAAAUUCACCGAGGAAGCCGACGAAUGUCCCGAGCUGCGAAACACCACGGACGACGAUGAUGAUGACAGCGAAGAGGCAAAUUCCAUGGCAUCGAGUCCGUUGUCGCCAUUAUCGCCGCUUUCGGGCAGCACAACGCCCUCGCCAUCAUCAAAUAGUUCCGGGAACCUUUUUUCGUAUUCGUCGUCGGGGAGCUCCUCGUCGUCGUCGUCGUCAAGUCACCAAAUACCCUGCAAAACGCGAAAAAUUCAACUUAGCUCACCUAGCAUUAAGAGACAAAGCUUUAAUUUGCCCACAAAUAGUCUAAGUCUUAAUUUAAAGCCAAUCACUGUAAAUAAAUUGCAACAAAUACCGCAACUGGAGCAAGACAGCAGCAGUACUUCGAGUAGUUGUAAGUAAACGUAUAAUUAUUUAUAAUUACAUUUUUUUUUUCGUGAUACAUGUUAGCUCAUAAAAACACACAAAUCUAGAUAAAUUUCUUGUUCUGUGGUAUCAACUUGUACAUAAAACUGAUAAAAAAAAUAAAUUUAUUAUUUAUACAAAAAUGAGUCAACUUUCUUCUUAUCAAAAAUUAAACAAUAAAAGCACUAGUUGAAAUCGACAAAUUAUCAUAUUGAUAAGAAAUCCGUUUGCCAUCAAAAAUUUGAUUAUUUUUUUAUAAUUUAUUUAAAAAAAAAAUAUUUUUAAGCGAGUGUCAUAUAUUUUAGGCGUUUUUUAUGAAUUUUGUUUAAUAUUAUAUUUAAAAAAAAAAUCCUAAAAACAAAAAAAUCGAAAAUUUUGUAUGAAAGUUGUGUGAAUUGCGAUUUUCUCAAGUAUUUAAAUUAUUAAAAGUUGAAUGAAUUUUUCAAAAUAAAAUAAAAAAAAAUAUUAGUUGUAAAAAAAAAAUAAAUGUAUAAAAUAUUAUUAUAAUUAUUCUUAAUAUAUAUGAUGAGAAAAAAAAAUAAAUAAACAAAGAAAUAUGU